ACACAAAACAUAUAACAGACUAUAAUAUAAUUAAGAGAUUAACAAAAGGAAAAAACCCCACUGUGCAACAAGUAUAGGCUACGCUUGUUUUUGUGAUACUCUUAAUGCAUUUUAUUUCUUUUAUUUGAUUUAAUCCAUCUGAUCGCACACACAAACAACAUCAGUUUUAGCGUUGCCUGAAAUUUCAGCCAUUCAUCAUCAAACUAAAAUGCAGUCAGCCAAACAUAAGUUACACAGUUUAUUUUAAAAGGUGCAAAAUCAAACAAACAAACACUUUUGCGCAUGUGAAGGACUUUACAUCGAUAUUAGAACACAAGUGAAGUUUAAAGCCAUGUUUAGGCUACAUAAUGAAUAAUAGUUAUGCAAACAAAUGUUACAAAUAUGACAAAAAUGGAAACAUUCUUGUGGUAUGAGACCGUUUCAGUUUUGCUUGACACUGUACUCUAAUUUGUGUUUUAUUUGAUAAUUUAAUAUAUAAUUUUAUAACUACUUAUUUUUCAUUCUUGUUCUGUUCUGAAUACCAUUAAAUUUAAAAUAUUUGUUGUAGAGUGAAGGGAACUAAAUAUUUACUAUAUAUACAAAUAAAUUACAUAAAUGAAUGUAGCCUAAUCGUUUGGCAGUUACAAGGUUAACAGGGGUUUUUGGAUGAGAUUAACGUGCGAUCAUUCGUACAAUGAGAUCGUUUCUACUACGUUAGACUGAUAAAUGAGGCCCAGUGUUUGGUACUUUGAAAUAUAAGUUAAAACCUCAGCAUGCAGUGAUAUCAUUCACAAUAACUUUGCAGGAAGGUUAUUUGGAUUUGAAAAGAGCAUAGCUAAAAACAAAAGCUUAUCUCACUCAGGGCUUUAGUUCUGGGGUGUUAACAUCACAUGAGCGCUGUGUGUGUGUGUGUGUGUGUGUGUGUUUCUGACACCUUUGGCUUCGGAACUGAAACAUCACGUGAUAAUAAUCUCUCAAGUUUUGUUUGGUUGUAAACAAUGACUUGGUUACGUGUGUAGCCCCGCCCGCUUUUCCAUGAACUCAAGCAGCAGGAGGCGGGGCUUUAUUUGGUCAGUGACUGACAGCUGUAAACACUGUUGCCGUGGCGAUGACUUGUGUUGUCUCAGUGACCCUGAGUGACUUUAAUCUCCUCAAUCUCUCACACACUGUGAGAGUUUCGGUGAGUUCAGCUUUUAUUCACUGGUUGUGUGGAAAUGAAAUGAUGAAAUAUAUGAAAGGAGGAGCAGACCAAUUACAAUUCAGUAUGCAAAUAAAUGCCAAAACUGGAUUAUGAAGCUGUUAAAAGACACGGCACACCUUAAACUGAAAUUGAGUCUAGAUGUUAUUGAAGCUUGUUUCCGGCAUGGGAUUAAAAAAUGAUAAGCGCUCAUUUCCAGGCGGCUCGUUCCACCCAGAGCUGCUAUAUCUGGUCCCUCUGUCUGCCUACCAGAGACUAAAAACAGAAUCCGGUGUCAUUUCUGCAGGAUCACAGUAAAAACCACCUGUUAUCAGACAGUGAUAUCUCACGAUGCCUCCACCUGUCGGACCCCCAGCCGUGCCGCCUCCAGACGGUGGGUGGGGCUGGGCUGUGGUGGGCGGGGCCUUCAUCUCCAUCGGAUUCUCUUACGCCUUCCCGAAGGCCACCACCGUGUUCUUCAAAGACAUCCAGAACAUCUUCAGCGCCUCGUACAGUGAGGUGGCCUGGAUCUCCUCCAUCAUGCUGGCCGUCAUGUAUGCAGGAGGUCCCAUCAGCAGUAUUCUGGUGAACACCUACGGCUGCCGUCCCAUCAUGAUCCUGGGAGGAUUUCUGUGCGCCAUCGGGAUGAUCAGCGCCUCCUUCUGCAACACCGUCUUGCAGCUCUACAUCUGCAUCGGCGUCAUCGGCGGCUUCGGUCUGGCCUUCAACCUCCAGCCGGCGCUUACGAUGAUCGGGAAGUAUUUCUACAAGAAGCGUCCCAUCGCUAAUGGCUUCGCCAUGGCCGGCAGUCCCGUGUUCCUCAGCACGCUGGCGCCGCUCAACCAGUAUCUGAUCAAUGAGUACGGAUGGAGGGGAAGCUUCCUGAUCCUCGGCGGGCUCCUGCUGAACUGCUGCGUGGCCGGAUCGCUCAUGAGGCCCCUAAAGGCCCCGCCGAACCCGGCCAAAGCGCUGGAGGAGAAACCGUCGAUGGUUAAAGGUCCCCUGACGGAGAAGACCACGGCCUGGCAGACGGUCAAUAAGUAUCUGGAUCUGUCGCUCUUCAAACACCGCGGAUUCCUCAUCUACCUGUCGGGAAACGUCAUCAUGUUCUUGGGCUUCUUCGCGCCGAUCGUCUUCCUCUCGUCGUAUGCUAAAGACAACGGGGUGGACGAGUAUCAAGCGGCCUUCCUGUUGUCCAUCCUGGCUUUUGUGGACAUGUUUGCGCGGCCGUCCAUGGGCCUGCUGGCCAACUCGCGCUGGGUCCGGCCGCGGAUCCAGUACUUCUUCAGCUUCGCCGUGCUGUAUAACGGCGUGUGUCACCUGCUGUGUCCACUGGUGGAGAGCUACACCGGGAUGGUGGUGUACGCCGUCUUCUUCGGCUUCGCCUUCGGGAUGGUGAGCGCCGUCCUGUUCGAGACGCUGAUGGACCUGGUGGGAGCGCAGAGGUUCUCCAGCGCCGUGGGGCUCACCACUAUCGUGGAGUGCUGUCCGGUGCUCAUCGGACCGCCACUGGCAGGGAAGUUAGUGGACAUCACAAAGAACUACAAGUACAUGUACCUGUGCUGCGGGGCGGUGGUCGUUCUUUCCAGCAUCUGGCUCUUCAUCGGUAACUUCAUCAACUAUCGGCUGUUGGAGCGCGAGCGCAAGCAAGAGGAGACGUACAAACGCGGCGAGCAAGAGGAGCAGGAGCAGACGGAGACCCACGCAGACACAGACGCUGACGCUGAAGCGGCACAGCAGCUCUGCGAGAACAAAGACGGUGUGCUGCAGCGAGAAACCAACAUCUGAAAGCCUAUGCAAACUCUGAAGACACUGCCAAAGCUGUAGAGGCUUUAUUAGACAGAUCACAGCAGAUCAACGCUAGGGCUGGGAAAAUAAGUCGAUGCAUCGCGAAUCGAGAAAUGAUUCAGCAUCGAUUCUGAGAUUUUGUUUCCACCACAAAAUAGAAAAAAAAUUAUAAAUUACAACUUUAUCUCACAAUUCAGACCUUUUUUUUUUUUUAUAAGAUAUAAAUUUGCAGUUCAGACGAAUAAAAGGUAAAAAUUGUGCUCAAAACCUCAAAAUUUCAACUUCAGGAUUUCUAGUUGUAAAUCUUGCAUUUUUGCAAUUUUGAGUUUAAAUCUCACAAAUUGUGUUUAUAUCUCAAUUAUGAGUUUAAAUCUCACGAUGUAGGUUUAUAUUUCACAAUUUGAGUUUAUAUCGCAUAACCUAGUUUAUAUCUCAUAAUUCUGAGUUUAUAUC